GUGACAACUUUGGAAAAUUGCUCCUAUACAAUUUAUUUAAUAGAGUAUGUAUUUAAUAGAGUAAUUUUAAACGAUGACUGAAAAUAAGGGCAUCAGCACGAACCAAAUCAUUCCAAAUCAAGACACAGAAACAACUCCCUCGGGUGACAGAGCGAUUUGUAUUGAUUUUUACUGAACUUAGUGGUCUUGUAGAAUCGGAUAGUGCAUGGCGUUCUCCAAGCAAGUUAAAACAAGAAGUACAAACUAUAAUCGAUAUUAUGGCACCGUCAUUAACGCAGAGGUUUAGCAGCUUUAAUGCUAGCAGCGACGCUGAUAACGAGGAAUCGAUUUUUAGUAACUCUAAAGUGUCUUCCUUGCCGAAAUUUAAAGAAAAAUGUGACUGUAAUGUUGACGAUUCCGACAAAACGGACGCCCCUGAUAUUUCCAGAGACGAUACGAACCUAUCGGUAUUGGCUGACGCGACCAUAAGGAGCACCGAUGUGGAAGGCCGAUGUUUUUCAUUGGAUCAUAUAUCGGACUACAUUUGCCCUCCACCGCUACUGCCAGCUAACGUUUGCAUCAAUUCGGAAUGUCUCUGCCCCCAAAUGGCCACGCUUGUACACGCUGGUGUCUCAAACAUGGGACCUUCUUUUGCCAGAGACGUACGGGUACCGCGAGGUGCUACGAGUGAGCGGCGAUUUGUUUCUGGUGAAAAGGACGAUCGAACCGCGAAAGAGUGCCAAGUUGUGAGGAGUUCGGUAAUGAAUUGGCUAAAAAAUAUUGUUUCUGGUUAUAACCAUAAAUAUGAUAAAAACAAUUGCGAGUACUACAAGAUGGACGUUAAGCGAAGCAGGAAGGAUGACAAAAGUCCGCCCAGGCGUGUAAUUUUUGAAUUGGUCGACGCUAAUCUUCCGAAGAAGGAUAAACACAAAGUGCGCGAAUCGACGACGAAAGGCGACAAAGGGUCUUAUUUUACAUCCAAGGAAAGAAGGAGCCAAACAUAUGCUUUCGAUCAUGAUCGCUACAUGCACGAAAAUUUGCAAAAAAUUCCUUGCCGGGAAGACGAGUAUUUUGAGACCGACAAAACGGACACGUGCUGCGAGAAAGCCCCAUUUGAUUUUAAAAAAACCGCCGGGAAGACGACUUAUUUGGAUACCCAAGGCAAAACUAGGGUGGACGUUUAUUACUUCGAUCAUGGAAAUUCAACGCAUUUUCAGACUACAGAUUAUCCGCCGUUGGUGUGCACAGAAGCCCUCUCGGAGAAGACGGAAAAACAAGCGACAAAAUUUUGGGCGGAGAUUUUUGGCACCGUCCAUAUUGGAUUUUCUUUCUGCACUUCUUUCGCUCUUCAACUCUUUCGAUUUGUUUUGUACAGUAUAUUACGCCCGCUCACCAUAGGAUUAAUGCAGUUGUCGUCCGAUUACUUCUUCAAACCAUUUUUAGCUACUUUGUUUAACGGGAUUAUCCAACCGAUCUUGAUAUUUUUUUACAACGUUGCCACAUCUGUUAAGGAUCUUUGUCAUCCUUUGGCCGAAGGCGUUGGCUAUUUUAUGCGCGAGUUUUCCGUGCUUUUGAGGGCAAUCAGAAUCGUGGAAGUCAACACAGGAGGGUGCGAAAGUAACCCGCAUUGUAAGUGCGAAAAAAUAAAAGUCGGAAAAAAAAGCAAAGUCAACUGUUAA